AUGGCGACUCUUUCCAUCAACGGUCUUCACUCUUCUCUCGAGAGGCUGAGCCUCGACACUCCUCUUCCCUCUUUUCCCCCUGCUGACGUACUAGUACGUCCUCUUGAUAUCUUUCGUUCUUAUAUUGCGAAAAUUGUUGCCGAGGUCACGGGAUGUGAUCCGACCCUUGCCUACGAGGCGAUUCAGACUACUGCAGCAAUUUCCAUGGGCGACUUGGCAGUCAUCUUGCCUCGCCUCAAGAUCAAAGCAAAUGCAGAGGUUGCGGCAGAGCUUCUGGCAAAGUUCCCCAAGUCUCCCCUGUACACCUUCCCAUUUGUUGACGGCAUCCACAUCCGAAUCUUCUCCUCCCCCUUCACGCUCCCCAGACUCCUCCUUCCCUUCAUCGCGGACCGAAAGGAGCUAUACGGCGGCGAUGAGUCAUUCGGCCUUCGACCCGCUCCUGACUCUGGAAAGCUGAAGGCCAUCGUCGAGUUCUCCUCUCCCAAUAUCGCCAGCGAGUUUGAGGGUAGGCAUCUGCGCAGUACCAUCAACGGCGCAGCCAUCGCCAACCUGUAUGAGCGUAUGGGAUGGGAUGUCGUCCGCAUGAACUACCUGGGCGACUGGGGCAAGCAAGUCGCCCUUCUUGCCGUCGGCUGGGAGAAGUUCGGCUCUGAUGAGGAGUUUGAGAAGGAUGCCAUCCGCCACCUUCUCGACGUCUACAACAAGAUUGUGGAAGCCUUCAAGCCUGAGCUCGAGGCCAGUCACAAGGCCAAAGCCGACAACAAGAGCACUGCCGAAAUCGAGUCGCAAGGUAUCUACGCUGAGCGCGAUGCCUUCUUCAAGCGGUUGGAGGAUGGCGACGCCGACGCGAUGGCUUUAUGGAAGAAGUUCCGUGACGUCUAUGUCGAGGACUACACCAAAGCCUACGCGCGUCUCGGUAUCAAGUUCGAUGAGUACAAUGGCGAGUCACAGGUCACGUCCGAGUCCAUCGCCGAGGUCGAGGCUGUCCUCAAGGACAAGGGUGUCCUCGAGGAGAGCGAGGGUUCCUGGGUCAUCGACUUCAAGAAGCACGGCUCCAAAGGACUGAGCACCGCAGUAUUGCGCAACCGUACCGGCACCACUAUGUAUCUCCUCCGCGACAUCGCCAACGUCAUCGACCUCGACAAGAAGCACUCCUUCGACAAGCUGAUCUACGUCGUCACGUCCGACCAAGAUGCCCACUUCGCUCGCGUCGCAAAGGCCAUCGAGCUCAUGGGUCACGUUGACCUUGCCAAGAAGCUCCAGCACGUCGGCUUCGGCAAGGUACAGGGUCUCUCGGCGCAGCUCGGCAACGCGCAUCUCUUUGGCGACAUGAUUGAUCAAUGUGCUGCUGCAGUGAAGACAGCCAUGGAGGAGCAAGAAGAUGGUGCUCCAGCUGCCGCUGCUGAGCCUUUCGGUAUCACCUCUUUGAUCGCGCAAGACAUGCACACCAAGCGCGGCAACGGCUACGCAUUCGAUAGCAAGAAGAUGACUGAGUUCGAAGGAGACACUGGUGCUGCACUUCAGUUCGCAUAUACCAGACUCAAGUUGGCUUUGGGGCAGCUUGAAGCCGAUCCCACGGCCCUGGCCGACGUUGACUACACACAUCUUCAAGAGGAAGAGUACACAAAUCUUCUCCGACUCAUGGCGCAGUAUCCCGACGUCAUCAACGCUGCUUACAAAUCGGUCGAACCUUCCGCCGUCCUCUCGUUCUUGUACCGUAUGGUAGAGCAGCUCAUCGAGUGUCUUGAUGUCGACGAAGAUGAAGAGACGCCUGAGGGUCCGGAAGUGGACCUUGCGAGGGCCGUGUUGUAUGAGAAUGCGAAGCAGGUGUUGGAAAACGGAAUGAAGGUUCUGGGUAUCCAACCAAUGGCGACUUGA